CGACCCCGCCCAGCUCCCAGGACUGGGGUUGUUUGUGGCGCGCCCCCGCGGCCGAUCGACUUCCCGCCCUGGCUGGGGAGGCUCAACAUGGCGUUGCUGGGCCGGAUUUGCUAUGCUUGGGGGCCCCAGCUGUCCUACGGCCUCGGUCCUCGGCGGUUUUUCAGCUAUGGAACAAAAGUAUUAUAUCAAAACACCGAAGCUUUACCAUCUAAAUUUUUUCCACCCCUUCAAAAAGCGAUGCUACCACCUAAUAGUUUUCAAGGAAAAGUGGCUUUCAUUACUGGAGGAGGUACUGGCCUUGGUAAAGGAAUGACAACUGUGCUUUCCAGCCUCGGUGCUCAAUGUGUGAUAGCUAGCAGGAACAUUGAUGUUUUGAAAGCUACUGCAGAAGAAAUCUCUUCUCAAACUGGAAAUAAAGUCCAUGCAAUUCAGUGUGAUGUGAGGGAUCCUGCUAUGGUUCAAAAUACUGUGUCGGAAAUGAUUAAAGUUGCAGGGCAUCCUGAUAUCGUGAUAAACAAUGCAGCAGGAAAUUUUAUUUCUCCUACUGAAAAGCUUUCUCCUAAUGCUUGGAAGACCAUAACUGACAUUGUUCUAAAUGGCACUGCCUUUGUGACACUAGAAAUUGGAAAGCAACUUAUUAAAGCACAGAAAGGAGCAGCAUUCCUUGCUAUUACAACCAUCUAUGCUGAGACAGGAUCAGGUUUUGUAGUACCAAGUGCUUCUGCCAAAGCAGGAGUGGAAGCCAUGAGCAAGUCUCUUGCAGCCGAAUGGGGUAAAUAUGGAAUGCGAUUCAAUGUGAUUCAACCGGGGCUCAUAAAAACCAAAGGUGCUUUUACCCGUAUUGACCCAACUGGAACAUUCCAGAAAGAUGUGAUUGAAAGAAUUCCCUGUGGUCGAAUAGGAACUGUGGAAGAACUUGCAAAUCUUGCUGCUUUCCUUUGCAGUGAUUUUGCUUCUUGGAUUAAUGGAGCAGUCAUUAGAUUUGAUGGUGGAGAGGAAUCAUUUAUAUCAGGGGAAUUCAACAGUCUGAAGAAGGUCACCAAGGAGCAGUGGGACACCAUAGAAGGACUGAUCAGGAAGACAAAAGGCUCUUAGAACCACCUUGGUCUGUAUCCAUGGUUACAAAAGUAUCAGUGAAUAGAAAUUAUCCAAAUUGCCUUAUAAUCUUUUAAGUAUUUUCAAGCCUAAUAAACUUUAAAUUAAUCAAUA